AAUACGAAAUCUCGUGAUAUUUACUCCAUCACUUCAAAUUUCAAUAUGGCGGCGGUACCUUUGCCUCAGCACCAGAAUGAUUCCUGGUAUUUGUCUCUUUUGGGUCUCGCAGAAAGUUUCAGGACUGCUAAUCCACCCAAAAUCAAGCUAUGUAUCCACUGCUUGGAAAGUAUUUUCCAGUUCAACCCACCUCCUGGGAUCGAGGCCCGGACACACUUGCAACUCGGCAGCUUAUUGUUUACCCACACCAAAAACACCGACCUGGCGCGCUCCCACUUGGAAAAGGCGUGGCUGCUGACACAAACCGUCCCUGGAUUUGACGAUGUCAGAUAUGAGGCAGCAGCCAUUUUGGCAAACCUUUACUACAAACACCAAAACCAGAUCCAGCUUGCCAAGUCGUUGUUGAGGAAAGCGAUCAGCACAUCGCAGCCAGCACCCUACUGGCACUUCAGACUGCUAUUCCAGUUAGCGCAAAUCCAUGCAUGGGAAGGAGACAACAUAUCAGCCUGUGAGCUGUUGGGACAUGGAGCAGAGUCUGCUGCCAUGGCAGGGGCUUAUUACACAAGUGUGGGGUGGAGCUCACAUCAGACCAACACUAGGGUAAUGUUUAUGCUGAGCAAGGCAAUGCUUCUGCUGAUGGACAAGAAGUUCCACGAGGUCCACCCAUUGUUGGCUCUGUGUAACAGCAUGUUGGAGUCAUGGACUGGACACCCCACACACAGAGAAACACUCAGAGUGUACCUACUGGUGCUGCAAGUCACCAACUUCCUCAUGGUUGGACAGGUGAAAAGUGUCAAACCGUACUUGAAACAGUUGCAGCAGAGUAUACAGACCAUCACAGCUCUCCACACAGAUGAUGAGCCGCCCCCCUCCCACCCUGCUGACCUGUUCCAGUGGCUCCCCAAGGAGCACAUGUGUGUCCUGGUCUACCUGGUUACUGUGAUGCACUCCAUGCAAGCAGGCUACAUGGACAAGGCACAGAAGUACACAGACAAGGCCCUCAUGCAGAUAGAGAAGCUCAAAAUCCUGGACUCCAGCCCGAUCCUGUCCACCUUCCAGCUGAUGUUGUUAGAACACAUCAUCAUGUGCAGACUAGUCAUGGGUCAGCAGUCCAUAGCAGUGCAGGAGAUAUCACAGGCCUGCCAUGUAUGUCAUGAGCAGCCCAAACUGUUUGUAACCCACGGGGCCCAGCUGCACACGUUACUGGGGUUGUACGCUAUGUCCAUGGGCUGUCUGGACAGUGCAGAGGGACAACUUAACGCAGCACUUAGGAUCAUGUCUAACACCAUGGCCGCAUCUCGUCUCGCAAGCUCCACUCACGCAAGACCACAGACAGAAUCCAGGUUAUCCCAACAGCCAGAACUGUGGAUGUUCACAUCGUUGAACCUGGCCAUUGUCUACCUCAGGAGUGGGAAGAACCAGCAGCUAUUAAGUUUACUAGAAAGAAUAAAUCCAGACACCUAUCCCAGUAGUUCUCAUGCAAUGACAGCGGCUGGCUACUACAUCAGGGGCUUGCAAUCAUUCUUCCAGGAAAGAUAUCACGAAGCAAAGAGAUACCUUAGAGAAACCCUGAAGAUGUCCAACGCAGAAGACUUGAAUAGAUUGACGUCUUGUUCACUGGUUCUGCUAGGUCACAUCUUCUUGUCAUUAGGGAACAGCAGAGAAAGUAUGAACAUGGUCCUCCCAGCUAUGCAGCUUGCCAGCAAAAUUCCAGAUGUUGACAUUCAGAUGUGGUCAGCACACUUACUCAAAGACCUGUAUCACAUGAUGGGUGAUCCCAUUAGAGCAGGGGAGGGUGGACAGAUGCACUACAACUUUUCCCAGCAGCAGAUGAACGAGCGUUUCAGGUCUUCCCAGCAGAUAGAACACAACUUGAUACAGUGGUUAGAUGGACCGUGCCCCAUGCACCUGGCAGUCACCGACGGGCCCAGCCACAGUGGAACCAUAUUGUAGCACAGGCUGGUUGCCACCGUUUCUUUGUAGCAUAGGAUGUAAAGUACACAACAUAAGGUGCCUGAGAGGCUCUGCCCUACAGAAAGGAGUCACACCUGCAAGGAUCUGCCUAUAUUGUAGCUUCUACAACUGUUCCAAUACUUGUGCCCAUUUCAUAUUUCAACAUAACCAA